CACUUCACCUUUCCAAUCCGCAUCGGUGAGGCACGCGAGAAGAUGAGUGGCCCCCGCUCGUCGGCGGCGGCGGCGGCGCUGGACGACGACGACCUGCUCCCCGAGAUCCUCCUCCGCCUCCCCCCGCAGCCCUCCUCCCUCCCCCGCGCCUCCGCCGUCUGCAAGUUCUGGCGCAGCCUCGCCUCCGACCCCGGCUUCUCCCGCCGCUUCCGCGCGCACCACCGCCGAAACCCUCCCCUCAUCGGCUGCCUCGUCUAUGAUUUUUGCCAGGUUCGCUUCCAGCCUACCCUGGAGCGCCCCAAUCGCGUCCCGCAAUCCCGGUUCCCCUUCCCAAUCGCCGCCGGCGGCCGCUUCCGGAUCCUCGGAUGCCGCCAUGGCCUCGUACUCAUCUUCCACGACUCACAGAAGCAGCUCCUGGUGUGGGACCCCGUCACCAGAGACCAGCACAGCCUGGACAUUCCCCCAGGGUUCAACAAGAAAACCUUGAUGAACGCGGCGGUGCGUCGUGCUAUAGGAGAUUUCCACCAUUUCCAGGUGGUCUUGGUAGGCAACAGCGACAUGCAAUGCACACAAGCAGUAGCCUCUGUUUACUCGUCAUCGACCCGUGUUUGGGACAAGCUUAUCUCAACACCGCUUCCGUCCGAGAAUUCUGGUGCUCCCACCAUGGUUUACCCGGGAAUGCCUGCUGUGAUGGUUGGGGAUUCCUUUUAUUGGUUGCUCUGUGGGAAUUCACAAGGAAUCCUUGAAUUUGAUUUGGAUAAGCAGAGCCUAGCUUUGAUACCCAUGCCAAUGGGAAACACUGCAGACAUGAGAGAUGGCAAUAUUUGGGUUAUGCUGGCAGAGGGUGGUGGCCUUGGUUUCGUCUUUCUGAGAGGCUUUCUUGUGCAAUUAUGGAAGAGGAGGACCAGUUGCAAGGGUGUUGCUUCAUGGCUGCUGGGAAGAACUGUUGAAUUGGAUAAGCUACUUUCCCUGAAUUUAGAGAAGCAGAUAGAGUGCCCAAGGAUACUCGGGUUUGCUGAGGUCAAUAAUGUGGUUUUACUGUGGACACUUACAGGCAUCUUCACGGUCCAGUUUGAACUAUUGCAUUUCAAGAAAGUCCUUGAAUCCAAGCACUGGUACAGCUAUUAUCCAUUUGAAGGUGUCUAUACUGCAGAUGGGGGCAUUGGUGGUGGGCCAUAUGGAGCUAAAGCAUUGCACAAUAUGUAAGCUGAUUUCUCCUGAUAGACAUGCUAUCGUGAUGUAAUGAUUGAGCAGGUGUCUACUGUAUUCUGGUUGCUGAGAUGGAUGAAUGGGCUUUGCGAGGAGAUUGACCCUCUAUGUAGCACGCACCGGUCAAGUGGGAAGUUGAAUUGUGUUGUUCAUUGUUUUAUUUUCAAACUUCCCUCUGCUGUCAUCUAAUUUCUGAACACAGUUGGCCAACUGGCAUGAUGAAGAUAGAGUGACUUGCCUGGAUUAAUGUUCCACUGACACAAUUAGCAAGCUUAGCUGAUGGCCUGAUGGUCUUUGCUUGCAAUUUGUGUGUGUGUGUGCGCGCGCGCGCGCGUGUGUUUGUGUGCCCAUCCUCUCACUGUUUCUAUCUGACUAUGUUCCAUGUUGUCGGGCCGGAGAUUUGGAUGUCGAAUCUAUGCUCAUGUCCCAUGUGGAGUGUUUCUUUGUUGUUCAAUUCUA